AUGUCAACAGAAACUGAAAUUAAAGGCAAAAAGCGAACUCAUGAUGAAGAUGAUGAAUCUAAUGGAGCUGCUGAAACUACAACAGGUCUUAAAAAGAAGGCAACACCAGUAAAAGCUGCAACAUCAACAACGAAAAAUCGAUCAUCAAAUAAUGACGAUGAUGAAUCACGUGGAGAUACUAAUGACGAUGAUUCAAAUAGUGUCGAUGCAAGAAAACGAAAUGGUAAACCAAGUUCUACUGAUGCUGGUGCCAGUGGCGAUCUAGACGAAAGUGGAGAUUAUGAUGAUGACGAUGAUGAAAAUUCAGAAGAUGAUGAAGGUGAAGGAAGUGAAGGUGAAAGUGAUGAUGGUGGUAGUGAGGUUGGUGCCGGUGGUGAUGAUGAUGAAUCGAAAGAAGUUGGUGAUGAUGAUGAUGAAGAAGGUGAUGAAGCAUCUCGAGAGUAG